AUGACUCUGAAUUACAAAUUUCGCAGCGGCAUUCGGUUGGUCAGUCUUCUCGCAUUCCUCCUUGUCAGCGGGUGCAAGCCGAUAGAUCUUCCCACCUCGCAAAUAAGCGCGGAGUUGUUUGCUUGGGACGAAGACUUGGUCGACCUCGACCAUAUAUUCCCUUCCGGCGGUUCAUCUGAGGACGGGGCGGCUGGACAAGCUGAUGAUCACCACCAACCAUUCUCGGGCGGUCAUUUACAACCUAUCGGCCUUCCAGCCCGGCCAUCAGCUAAGCUCCUCGCAGACGGAACACUAGCCUCGAAUGGCUUCGCGGCGGCAGGCGCUUCACGUGCCCUCGACCAUAUCUUCCCUCCCGCUCCUGCAUCGGAGGCCGGGACGGCUGGACAAGCUGAUCAUUCUCAACCAUCCUCGGCCUCCCAUUCAAACCCCGGCAGUCUUCCAGCCGGGCCGCCAUCAGCUAGCCACCACUCCCCUCUCCCAGAAUUUUAUUAUCCUGCCCAAAUGGCCGCAAAAGAACGUACUGUUAACUCCCAGCCCUAUCAUGAUCUAGACAUAUCGUUUGACUCCGGCGAACUGUUUGAACCCGGGUUCUUACCCCACGACUUCAACACCCUUACCGAGUUCCUCGGACACGGAACACCAGACGCGGAUGGCCUCACAGGGGUGAGGGCUCCGCAGUCACAUCAUGGUGUAGCGCAUGUAUCGGAUAGUCAUAGUCAAACAUUCACAGGUCCUCCUCCGUCGAAUCUGCCCACCUUCUCGGAUUAUCCCUUCGUGCCCUCCUCCGGCACAACCUCCGGACCCCACGAAAGUCCUUCUGGUAAGCGGAAGCAAACUGCCGGGCCUGUGGACAAAAGCAUCAAACCUCAGCAUCUGCCUUUCAAGCCCCAGAGGAAGCCACGCAUACCGAAAUUGUACAUCCCAUUUCCUGAAAGCCAACGGCCUGCGCUUUCUAAAAAGCUACCUCCACAGGGGCCACUCGGGUUUUAUUUGAAUGACUUUGCGCUCAAUAAUCCAUCGGAGCCCGUAGAACAGAUGGAAAUGGGUCCGAUCCUGACACGGCUCAGAGCUUUCAAACUCCCGAACGACCAACUUGUCAUCUCCAAGUCGGAAUUCCACUGGGCCCAUCGCGUGUUUCUCGGGUUUGGCAUUAUACGCGAGGAUAUCGGACGGACUGUCAGUGUCAAGCUGUCACGCGAGUCUGCAAAGUCACACAUCGAGGAUCAAGUUCAACACGUUAAACGUGAUAGAAAUAAUUAUAGAUUAGCGAACAAACUAGUCGAAUUUGUGUCACAUUACAAGGAUUGGUAUCAGCAUUGGUUUGAUGAAACUGGGAUAGACUUCGAAAAAAAUCUGCUCCAACCUCACUUUAUCGGUUUCGAGGACGCUGCGGUGCUCUUCCCCCUCUAUCUAUUCUAUGUCGAGAUGAUAUGUUCGAUCGUCCCGAGAGAGGAGGAAGUCACCCUGGAAAUUGAACUACUCCGCGCCCAAAAAUUAUUCAACAACUGGACUAAUAACUACAAUGAUCCGAAAUCUCAGAGUAAUCAAGAUCUGGAACCAAUCGUCAAAGCGCUCAGAAAAAAGAGAAAUCUUCGAGGAGCUUUGAACUUGCAUCCACACCUCUGGAGUUACUUAGGGAUUUGGAUGAUCACUUCGUGGAGGGUUGGAGUUUUCCAACAGAGGGAUCGUUCAAUUCCUAAGACAGUCAAACAAUUCUUUAAUAAUGUCUUCUAUUAUUGCUAUUCAGCUCAUCAUCGCCGAUACAUCUCUAGGGUAACAGUUCACCAACCUGGAAAAAUAGAUAUGCUUUAUUGA